AAUCGCAUCCACUGCUUAAUACUGAAAACUAUAAAUUCACCCCCAAAGUCCACACCUUUCUCCAUCAAUCCAAUCUGCUCUCAUCUCCCAUCAUCAAUCCACGAACGAUUCUUCGCUCUAUCUGCUCUAUUUGAUUAGUCUUUAAUCUAGUUUCAUUAGUUUGUUCAAAUCCGUUUCGUAUAUCAUCACUACCGUGCUUUCUGCUUCUUUGUGUUGUUUUCUCUCUGUGUGUUUUGUUUUAAUAAUGGAUGCAGGUAUGAACACAUCUUCCCACUUGAAGGCUCAAGCUCGUUGCCCUCUUCAAGAUCACUUCCUUCCCAGGAAAAACUCCAAGGAAAAUCUUGACAGGUUCAUACCCAACAGAUCAGCCAUGGAUUUCGACUACGCUCACUACGCACUUACCGAAGGAAGGAACAUUAAAGAUCAAGAAACCGCGGUAAGCUCACCAUCCAGAGAGGCCUACAGGAAGCAACUCGCUGAGACGAUGAAUCUGAACCGCACGCGGAUUCUCGCAUUCAGAAACAAACCUCAACCUCCAGCUGAGUUGCUUCCCACCGACCACUCUGCUUCUCUUCACCAACAACAACCUAAAUCCGUAAAGCCUCGUAGACACAUUCCUCAGACUUCUGAGAGGACGCUGGAUGCACCUGACAUUGUGGAUGACUUCUACCUUAAUUUGCUUGAUUGGGGUAGUGCUAAUGUUUUGGCUAUUGCGUUGGGACACACUGUUUAUCUAUGGGACGCUUCUAGUGGCUCCACCUCUGAGCUUGUGACCGUUGAUGAAGAGAAAGGACCUGUCACGAGUAUCAACUGGGCACCUGAUGGUCGUCAUGUUGCAGUUGGUCUCAACAACUCCGAAGUGCAGCUCUGGGAUUCCGCAUCCAACCGUCAACUGAGAACAUUGAAGGGUUGCCAUCAGUCAAGAGUAGGAUCCUUGGCGUGGAACAAUCACAUUCUCACAACGGGAGGGAUGGAUGGACAGAUCGUCAACAACGACGUACGGAUCAGAUCACACGUUGUGGAGACUUACAGUGGUCACACUCAAGAGGUCUGUGGGCUCAAGUGGUCAGGAUCCGGACAGCAGCUAGCGAGCGGUGGCAACGACAACGUUGUACACAUAUGGGAUCGUUCAGUGGCCUCCUCGAACUCCACCUCGCAGUGGCUUCACAGGCUUGAGGAACAUACGUCUGCGGUUAAGGCCCUCGCCUGGUGCCCUUUCCAAGCGAAUCUGCUAGCGACUGGUGGCGGUGGAGGAGAUAGGACGAUUAAGUUCUGGAACACUCACACGGGGGCUUGUUUGAAUUCGGUGGACACUGGCUCCCAAGUUUGUUCCUUGCUGUGGAGCAAGAAUGAGAGAGAGUUGCUUAGCUCACACGGGUUUACGCAGAAUCAGCUUACGUUGUGGAAGUAUCCUUCUAUGGUCAAAGUGGCUGAGCUCAAUGGCCAUACAUCAAGAGUUCUAUAUAUGGCCCAGAGUCCAGAUGGUUGUACCGUAGCGUCAGCAGCAGGAGACGAGACACUGAGGUUUUGGAAUGUGUUUGGAGUGCCAGAGACUGCCAAGAAAGCUGCUCCUAAAGCUGCACAUGAGCCAUUCUCUCGUGUGAAUCGUAUUCGUUGAAGAAACUGUGAACCAACAAGGGAAAGCUUACUGAUUUAGUACAUAAAAGAAACUAGUGUAUUCUUAUUACUUUUUUAGAUUUCAUUUUUCAUGAAAUGUAUUGACAAGUGCACACUGUAUUGUAUAUACCAUUUUCCAUUUUCAACACUCUUA